ACAUGGCGCACGUCAAAGUAGCUGGCGAUUGAAAUGGAGAGAAAGUGCGCUUGAGUUUCGGGGGUUGUUCGACCUGAAAUCGGACCAUCAGCCAUGUGGCCAAUGCUUCUGGACUACACACGGGAUGAAUGCCAGAGAAUGCUCAGGAAACUGGAACUGGAGGCAUAUGCCUCGGUGGUGUCGGCCUUUCGAGCCCAAGGGGAGCUGACGAAGGACAAGAAAAAGAUGCUCCAGGAGCUCAGUGGCAUUCUCUGCAUAUCGCUGGAGCGGCAUCGGGCGGAGAUUCGCAGAGCUGUCAAUGACGAGAGGUUGAACACCAUUGCGGAUCGCAUCCUGGGUCCCAACACGGGUGCGGAGUGGGCCAUUGAGGGCCGUCGCCUCAUCCCCCUGAUGCCCCGUCUGGUGCCCCAGACGGCCUUCAGCGCACUCGCCAACAGCGCCGCCAACAUACAGGCCGCCAAGAACGCCGCCAUGCCGCCACCCAGUGCCACAGGAGUCAACAAGGAUUCCCCUGGGAAUGGUUCCUCCUCUGCCGUGUCCCCCGUGCCACCAGGCAGCCCGUCCACUCCAACCCGGAUUCCAACGCCGACGUCGGUGGCUUCCACAGGCGUUGCUAGGGUCCUGGGCCUUGGAGGGUCUGGGUGCGGCCCCCCCGGCGUCAAGUGCCCCAGCCCCACGGCGACCCCAGCCGCCACCCCGGCUGGUGAUCCAACCGGAGAGGACGAGCACAUGCAGCGCAAGCGCAAGCGCUCUUUGAGUCUGGACUCCUCCUCGUCUGCGGCUGCCGCCACGUCCCCCGCCGCCCCCCCGCCCCAACGGGCAAGCAACGGCAUUGCCAGAACCGGCACGGGACUCGGCUCUUCCGGGAUCGUCCCGGGAGUCGCCACCAAGGUGGUGAACUUGCCGAUGGGGCCUGCGCCAGUUCGAGUCACCCUGGCACCCCAGAAGACCACCGUAACCCCUCCGUCUGCUCCCAAGGUGAUACUGGUGUCGACGGGCGGUACGUCCUCCUCGGGAAUGCUGCAGCCGCCCCUAACGGUGCCGGUGGUGAAGACGGUGUCGGCCCCAGGAUCCACGUCUGCCAUGCACCAGGGCAAGGCCGUGCUGCCUGGUGCCGGCACGAGGGAGUAUGCUGCGCUCACUACAAGCGUCACCUCCGUGGUCACCACUCCCGUUCCGUCCCCGUCCGUCUCCGGAAGCGAACAGGGCAUCGCGAGGGCAGUGCGCCCACGGGCGGUGACGGUGAACCCCCGGAUGCCCCUGCGCCUGCCCCGGGGUGUUUCUUCCCCCCUGGGGGGGCCCCAGCUCCCCUCUCCUGGUGGAGGAGGCUCCAGCUACGGGAAGGCCACCAUCUCGGUGCCCAAGGGGGCCAUGAUGCAGUACCGGCCCGAAGGCACUGUGAAAAUUAUUGCUCAAAGCCAGCUGCCCAUCUCAAGCAGCAAGCUGGGUUCAAAGCCCGGCGGCACCAUGGUGACAGCCACCUCUGCCGGGGGCCCCAGUGCGGCACCUCGGGUGUCCACCGUCUCCAUGACAGGCACCCAGGCCCGUGUGGUGAAUGUGAUUGCGACGUCCCAGUCGGGCGUCGUCCGGACGUUCGGCCGUAGCGUGGGCUCGCAGCUGUCCGGCAUCAGUCCCCGCCUGGGCCCCGGGGGCACGAGGCCAUCCGGGCUGGGCUCCUCCUCCCACCAGGGGGCCAAGCCCAACGUGAUUGUGGUGCAUAAGGCGCAGGUGUGGCCCCAGAGUCAGGCCGGCCACGCCUCGGGGUUAGGUUCCUCCCUGGGCACGAUGCACGCCGGCAAACCCACGGAGUCGCUAAGCUACCUGCAGCGGCAAGACCGGCUGAAAGGCAUGGCUGGUACGAGCACAGUGACAGUCGUGAAGACGUCUCCUUCCAUGUCUCAACAGUGCAAUCCCCUGCUGAGAGUGAACAGAAACACCGUCCCCAGGGCUUCCUGUCAGCCAGUGAGGUCGUCUCCGGACCAGGAGCAGAGCAACCUCCUCGCUGACCUGAUCCACGCGGCGGGCAUUCUGCCCGACAGCCUGGCAGACGACGUUCCCCACGCUGAGGUGGAGGUGGCCAUUGACAGCGUGCCCCUGGAUGACAACGCCCUCCUGCUAGACGAAGGGGCACUCAUCGAUUCUGAAGACAUUGUUCCGUGUGAAGCGGAGAAUGUUGUGGAGGAAGCACCGUGCAUGCUCCAAGACCAGAUUGUGUGCCAAGAGGUGGAGAUGUCUGAUCAGCCUGGGCUCCAGCUUGAGGUGGUUUCAACAUCCCCAUCAGAACCUGAACCUGCAAGCAUUGAGGAGCCUGCACCUUUGGAGCAGGCUGAGACAUCAGGCGUGGUCGCAGUUGAAUCUCAACAAGGUACGUCGCGUCAAGAUGUGCCGCCCACGGUUAGAAACGAGAGUAGUCAAGAUACGGCCAGCUGUACCAAGGAUACGGGAGACCGUUUGCGAACUACGGGCGGCUCCUCACCUUCGGCGACACCGUCUUCCAAGGACGACGACAGAUCCCAGAAGCGAGGAGAUGACGACCCAGAUCCCUCCAAUGAACGAAGUGCUGUCGUAACAAGCAAUGGUGCUGACGUGCCUGCGGAGGACAUUGAAAGGCUGCGGGGCACGACAUCAUCGCCUCCAAGUUCCAUAGUCCUAUCUCCCGACAAAGACUCAAGUUUUGAAGCCAUGCCUACCGUAACCACAGAACCCGCAGCUAGUCGCCGGAAGCCGUCCAAUGAAAGGCUGCCCAUCGAAGGUGUAGCUGGUCCAAGCGGAAUCUUUAGCCUGCGAGCCACCCUGAACGGCAGCAUCGGUUCAUCCACUCCGCGAUCUCAUUCUACUCGCGAAACCCCGAAGCAAUUUCCAAGGUCGACCCAGGAAAGGAGGAUAGGCGAAGGGGAGCAACUUUUACCUGCGCCUGCAGCAGAACUGGCAUCUGUCGCUGGCAGUGCCAACGACAACGUCGCCGCCGCGGGUUCAGUUGCGAUGACAAACGGAAUCUCCAAUGAGAUCCCGCUCGAAGUCCUCAAUGAAGUCUCAAUCGCAAUCUCAAGUGCCACUUCAAAUGCCUUGUCCAACGCCAUCUCAAAUGUGGUUUCGAACGUGGUCUCAAACGUAGUCUCCAACGUCGCCUCCAAUGCGGCCUCCGACACCGCCUCUAACAACAACUCUAACGAAAACUCGGACGCGAAUUCGGUUGAGAACUCUAACGAGAACUCGCAGGAGGGCAACAACGUGUCGGGGGCGGACGAGGACGACUCCGUCGGACCGCUCCAGGAGUCCAUCUCAAGCUCGUCGUCGAUGUGCUUCUUCCGCAACCCGGACGAAGAACAGUCGGCCAUCAUCAGCUCGUCGUCCAACGAGCACGGUCGGCGGGACUGCGGCAAGUUCAAGCGCACGUCCGACGUGAGCAGCUCCACUUCGGUCUCUGCUUCCUCGGUCCUUCUCAACGUAGCGACGCCGUCCGUGGCGGCUCCUUCCACCAACGAGCAGCGCCCCCUUUCGACGAGUGCGCCAUCUGUCCAAGAGCAGAACUCUCCGGACCAAACGGGGGAAAGCGGACCGUCUGCAACAAACUCGCGGCCGCCCGAGAAUGGAGACGGUUCCAACGUGACUUCGGCUGAGUUCGAGAUUGCAGUUGUCUCGUCGCCGACUCCCGAAGGCCGGGAGUCGGGUUUCGGGGUCGAGGAGAGUUCGGUGGACGUUACGAGCGCCGAGGCGAGCGACAUCGUCAACGGAAGCAGCGCCGUGGAGUCGUCGGAGCAGGACGGUGGGGAGGUUAGCUCGGCGAUUUUGAUGGAGCCUGGUCGGCAGGAGGAGGUGACGUCAGCGGAGAACGGCGGCUCGUCGUCAGUCGCCGGCAACGAGGUUACUUCAGCGGUGUCGUGCCGGGACUUUGGGGAUGACGAUCCAGACGACAAUGAGGCGGGUCCGCUGGUGAGCGAGCUGCUCGUGGACGGGGAGGUGAGCACGGCGGAGGCGGUGCUGGUGAGGACCGAGGACGUUGCCGAGAUCACCUGCUCGAACGUGGACCUUCCGGGCGUCCUUGCGGACGGCGUGCUGCACCUCGACCGGCGACCCCUGUCGGUGUCCAGUACGGAGGAAACGGAAUUUUUAGGUGCAGUGGAGGUGGAUUCCCACGAGAUGCCUCUGGAGGUGCGCGUCUUCAGCGAUGUGGGCACGAGCAGCAGUAGCAGCGGCGGGGCAGCUGUUGCGGUGCCGCCGGUGGUCUCGGAAGCGUGCGUGGAUGUCGUUGCGGCUGCCGAGUCAUCCAGGGCGGUGGCGGCACCCAGCGUGGACGAUUCCCCCGACACAGACGAUCGGAGAAACGCCGCCUCCGACCAGCCGAGCCAGUCCGAGAAUGAGAGCUCGCCUGCGGCUGUGCUGGACGACGCCGUGGAGUCUUUGGGUGAUGGCGAGCAGGUCUAUCAACUUCUCAUCUGUGGCUCUGAAAGCGGGGAGGGCCUCACGUCAGUCAUGGUUGACUCGGUGUCGAGCACGGUGUUUGGGGCGCAACGAGUGAGUGGACCGUCCUCGUCGACGUACCACCUCCUCUCGUUGCCUUCCUGCUCGUCUUCUGCGCCUAGAACCGCCGCCUCUUCGUCCUUCGUGCCGUCCGACGCACCUUCGCUGAUGGCACCUCAGGAAGUCACCAGCGCCGAAGGAUCCUCGGAAAGCUCUUCUUCUUCCUCGUCGAGUGCUUCGCAUCCCGCCCUCGCAGAUUCGUCGGCUAGCGUCUGCCUCCGCGGCGCGCCGGCCCAGCCGAGAGAUUUGGGAAGUGUCCAUGUCCAGCCGGACGAUCCGCCCAAUGCGCUGGAACUGGAAUCCAGCAUUUCCCAGAGCGUCGACGACGCGGAAGCGUUCGGAGUCGGGACGUCCACCGCUGCAUCGUCUUCCGCGUGCGAGGUGAUCCUCGUCGGCCACGAGCCGAUCGUGACCUCCGAGAUCGUGAUCGCGGCCGAGGAAGAACUUGUGGAACCCGCGGAGUCCUCAGAAGACUGCCCGGCAAUCCCCGAAGAUCCGUCGGGGAACUCUGUGGCCGUCAGCUCGUCCGCCACGCUUCUCCCUGCUCCAGAACCGCUCUUAAAUGGCCUGGCAGAGGACGAGGACUCCGAGAGCGCCUCCAAGUUCCUCCCUAGUGGCGGUGAGGUGGACUCGGCAGCCAGCUCUGUGGCUGACCUCACAGAAGUGGCCGUCGUGGUCGGAGAGGCUGCAGGGGUCGCAGACUCUAAUGUCGUAGAACUUGCGGUGACGUCGUCUGCUUCCACGGCGCCGGCGUCCCUGUCGCAGCCGAGCACAUCGCGGGGGACGACCUCGCAGCCGGCGAGGCGGAAGCGGCGAGUGAGUGCCGUCGCGGAGGAAGCGGCCCUGGUGUCGGCACACGUGUCCGGAUGGGCGAGGCUUGCUUCGGGGCUGUUGGACCGCGUCUGCCGGUUCCGGGGAGCGGGCAGGCCCAAAGGGAUGCUGCCGCCUGCUCACUGGUUUCUCGAGCCAGUUGAUCCCGAAGAUGCGCCCGGGUAUUACGAGAUCAUUGGACAGCCCAUGGACUUCGCUACCAUCAAGAAAAAGUUGGAGAGUGGCCAAUACAGAGACCUCGCAGACUUUCACGCAGACAUGUUGCUCGUGAAGCAGAACUGCGAGACGUACAACCCUCCCGAACACGAAGCAUGUCGUGACUGUGAUGAGGUGUUCACCUUCUAUCUUCAAGAGUACAAUCGCCUUGUGGAGAAGUGGCAAAAGAGCCACCUACUGUCCUCGCCGAAAAGGUCGAAGUUUAGCUGAAACAGCAGCAGUCAUCCUUGUACAGUGGGCCAGUGCAUCAUUCACCCUGUAUAAUUGACAUUUGUGAUAUCUGCCACAGCAUCAUGUUCCCUCAUUUUGCGCA